AUGAGUGAAAGGUUGCUAUUAAGAGCACUGAAGGGUGGUGAAAAUACUAAGAUCAUUACCUUGAAUGGGAAGAAGAUAACAAAGAUGCCCUCAGCAUUAGAAAAACUGCCUGGCCUGAAGACUCUAGAUCUUCGGAAUAACCAAAUCCCCAAGGUGUGCCCGGAAAUAAGCACCUUGACCCAGUUGACAGUACUAAAUCUGGGAAACAACCUUUUGGAAGAAAUUCCAGAAGAGGUGAAAUACCUUACAUCCCUGAAGAGGCUUCAUUUAUUUGGAAAUAAGAUUUGUAAAUUUGCAUCUGGAGUAUGUGAUGGCUUACAAAAUUUGAUUCUGCUUAAUCUGAACAACAAUCAGCUCACAUGGAUUCCUCAAGAAGUCAGCAGAUUAAAAAGCCUUAUAUAUUUGAGUAUGAAUCAUAACCAGCUAGCCAGCAUUCCUAAAGAACUUUGUUUUCUUAAGAAUCUUUCUGAACUUCAACUUAACUACAAUCAGCUCAUUUACAUACCUGAAGAGAUUAAGUUCUUGAAGAAGCUCCAGAAGCUUCUUCUGGUGGGAAACAACAUUGAAGUUUUGCCAGAGGAACUUUGUGAUCUUAUAAACCUAAGAAUCCUAGACAUAGCUGGAAAUUUUAUUCAGACAUUUCCAUCAGGAUUUCAGAACCUGAAGCUGAAGGAAUUCUACUGUGAAGGAAAUCCACUGUUCCUGAGGCAGCCAGUGAAUGCUGUACAACAGGAAGAUGCCUGGAGUCUACAGGAAAUAACAUCAAGAUUUAUAAUGAAUGAACUAGCAGGAAAGAAUCCUUUCAUAAUGCACGUCAUAGAACAGCACCCACAGGUCAGGAACAUAAUCUCUCAGAGAAGAAAAUGUGCAAUAUGUGGAAAUUACUUUUUAACAAUAUGGCUGGAAUGUGUUGAAUUUGUUCCUCCACCAAAGAACUGGAAGAUAAGCAGAAAUCUACAGCUGGUACCUCUUCGAAUAUUAAUUUGUUCUUACAAAUGUUUUAAUCAACGUGGCCCUAACCUCUUUGGAAUUGCUCAACUGUAG